AUGGAGGUGGCCACGAACAGUACGAUGGAGGUCGGUGUCAGUGCUUGUUUCUUGAUUUGCAUCGGGAGUCGUGUUGUACUCGUGUCCACAUCCGUAUCGACGCUGUGGCCAGAGCUGAUGACCUUGUCGUAG